ACUCUUGCUGAUCACAGCCAGAAUGGCCCAGCCGGCCCACAGACAGAGGGCCGCGACCUGCUGGAUUCGAAUCCGGUGCCCAGUAGUGGGGAGUCCGAGAUGUGCAGUGUCGGCGACACCGGUGGGGAGGAGGGAGAGGUCGGAGGUCGCGAGGCCCCUGCGGAGCCCGUGCCCAUAGCCGUGGUGCGGGUGAGCGGGGUGGCGGCCAUGUCGUGUUCCCCCGACUGUCGCAGUCUGACGGAGAGUGACGGGCCAGAUCAGCGCAGCUCACAGGACGACUACUUCUUUGACGAGGACUUCAGUGUACAGUUUGGUGGGGGCGGCCUGCACGGCUCUGUGGGGCUCACGCUGCAGGGCUCUUGUGCUUUUAGCCUGACUGACUCGCUGGCUGCAGGAGGGCCACGUGUCCACGGACAGCCUAUCGCGACAACUGGAGGGAGAAGUGACCGCCAGCACCAGUCUGAGCCGCUCCUCCUCCAGCACCGCGGAGAUAACGCUGCGAUGUGGACGACCGCACAAGGACGCCUACUUCCUGUCUUUUGACGGGGGAUCGCAGGGCAAACUGUCUAGCACAGAGAGUGACUCGUCCUACGUGUCCCAGAGUUCCUCACAGGACGACAAACCUCGCACAGGGAGCCGCUCCAUGAGCUCGGGCGGCGACGACGCGGAAGAUGAACAGUCCAGCAGCUUCCAGUUUGCCAACGCGCGGCCAGCCUCCGGGGACUCUGGCGGGGAAUCCUGCUAUAAUGGAUAUAUUGCACUUGUACCCUCCCUCUUGUUAUAG